AUGAAGCCCUGGCCCCGCCGUGCAGAGAACCGGCGGUGCCCUGGGGAGCUCCGUCCAGUCUCGCGCGUGCAGGAUCCGCUCCCAUGCCACUCCUCUCCUCUAUCCCCUGGGCGGGGGGUGGGGGUGGGAGUGCGACAGGUGUCCUGUCCCCGUGGUGGAGGGCGAUGCCUUCUCGGGUCACUGUGCGACUCAGAGUUUGAAAGCCCGGCUCCGGAGGAGGCAGGAGAAGGCGGGGCGCGACGGGGCGUGGCCGGUGCGGGCAAGGCCAGCUCCGACGGCAGUGUCUGCGCGGACCUAGACCGGCGCAGAGACGCAGACCCCUUCCUGCAGGCGCUGCCUUCGCCCCGGCUGUCCCCCGAGGUCCGGGACGACCGCUGCGCGCAGCUCCUGGGCGAGGGCUUGCUCGCCUGUCCCGGAGAGCGCGUGUGCCAUCCUGGGGAGCGUGUGAACCUGGCGGCCGCGGCGCAGCCUGCGCUCGAGCGGGGCGGCGGGGAGAGAGGGGAAGACCCGGAGCUGCCGGGGGGCGUCAAAUCAGAAAUGCAUUUAAACAGUGGCAACUUUUCCUCCGAAGAAGAGGAUGUGGACAAUCGCGACAGCAAAGCCCAAGCAUCCCAGCAGCCGCUGUCUCAGAAGAAGACCAUCACGCAGAUCAUGAAGGACAAGAAGAAGCAGACCCAGCUCACGCUGCAGUGGCUUGAAGAGAAUUACAUUGUGUGUGAAGGAGUUUGCUUGCCACGGUGCAUCCUUUAUGCACACUAUUUAGAUUUCUGCAGGAAAGAGAAAUUGGAGCCAGCCUGCGCGGCCACCUUUGGAAAGACAAUUCGCCAGAAAUUUCCCCUCCUAACAACGCGACGGCUUGGGACAAGAGGCCAUUCAAAGUAUCAUUACUAUGGGAUUGGCAUCAAAGAAAGCAGUGCAUAUUACCACUCCGUUUAUUCUGGGAAGGGCCUGACAAGGUUUUCUGGAAGCAAGCUAAAGAAUGAGGGUGGCUUCACUCGUAAAUAUUCGCUUAGCUCAAAAACUGGAACACUUCUUCCAGAAUUCCCUAGCGCUCAACACCUUGUGUACCAAGGAUGCAUUUCUAAGGACAAGGUUGAUACUCUCAUAAUGAUGUACAAAACUCACUGCCAGUGUAUCCUGGACAAUGCAAUUAACGGAAACUUUGAAGAGAUCCAGCAUUUCCUAUUACACUUUUGGCAAGGCAUGCCUGAUCACCUUCUUCCCUUGCUCGAAAACCCUGUCAUCAUCGACAUUUUCUGCGUUUGUGACUCAAUUCUUUAUAAGGUUCUUACAGAUGUACUCAUUCCUGCAACCAUGCAAGAAAUGCCUGAAAGCUUAUUAGCAGACAUAAGAAAUUUUGCUAAAAAUUGGGAACAGUGGGUUGUUUCAUCCCUGGAAAACUUGCCAGAAGCCCUAAUUGACAAGAAAAUACCUAUUGUGCGAAGAUUUGUAUCUUCUCUGAAACGACAAACCUCUUUCUUACAUCUUGCUCAGAUUGCCAGACCAGCUCUCUUUGACCAGCAUGUUGUGAAUUCUAUGGUGUCUGAUAUUGAAAGGGUUGACUUGAAUAGCAUUGGAUCUCAGGCCCUUCUUACUAUUUCGGGCAGCUCAGAUGCUGAAUCUGAUAUCUACACUGAACAUGACUCCAUCACUGUGUUCCAAGAACUGAAGGAUCUCCUCAAGAAGAAUGCCACCGUGGAAGCUUUUAUUGAAUGGCUGGAUACUGUAGUAGAACAGAGAGUUAUUAAG